AACACACUUCCAAUCCACCCCAAGAGCAAACCCAAUUAAAAAUAAAAAUAAAUAAAAACCUCUUCUUUCUCCAUUUACGAGCUCCAAUUUUUUUUUAGCUCUUCUGGCGGUACACUAAAAUUCCUCACCAAAAAUGGCUGAUCAGGAGGGACUCUCCGAGCUGCCGCCGCCGCCUGCUUUCCAUGGGCCGACCGCGGCGGCGGCGGCGGAUGCUUGGGGCUUCGUCGGAAAUAUCGAUAAGAAGCUGCUGGUAGACGCGCGCAAGCUCGUUAUUGGGCCGAUGAUAAGCGAAGGGCACCAUUCUGUUGUGUACGAAGGGAGGUACAAAAGCACUCCUGUGGCUGUCAAAGUGAUGCCGUCAGAUAUGCCAUCGCCGGAGAGUCAACAGGGGAAGCUCAAUCGGGAGGUUCUGAUGCUUUCGAGAGUAAAACAUGACAAUGUUGUGAAGUUCAUUGGGGUUGUUCUAGAGCCGACACUUAUGAUCAUCACCGAGCUCAUGAGAGGAGGUACAUUGCAAAAAUACUUGUGGAGCGUUCGUCCCAAUCGCCUCGAUCUUAAGGUGUCGAUACGUUUCGCGCUAAAGAUAUCGCAAGCAAUGGAGUAUCUUCACCAGAACAGAAUCAUCCACCGUGAUUUAAAACCGAGCAAUCUGCUUCUUACAGAAGAUCAUAAGAAAAUCAAAAUAGCUGACUUUGGAUCGGCUAGAGAAGUGUCGGAUGAUGAGAUGACAGUCGAGGUUGGAACCUAUCGCUGGAUGGCCCCUGAGAUGUUCAAUGUAGAUGGUCUGCGUCCCGGCGCGAAGAAGCAUUACGAUCACCGAGUGGAUGUCUACAGUUUCGCCAUGGUUCUGUGGGAGCUUCUCACGAAUCGAACUCCAUUCAAGGGCAGAGACAACAUCUUAGUGGCAUAUGCUGCUGCAAUGAAUCGAAGGCCGAGCGUGGACGACAUUCCGGCGGGGAUCGCGCCGUUCCUCAAAUCUUGCUGGGCAGAAAAUCCUGAAGAUCGGCCCGAGUUCCAGCAGAUCACAAAAUUCCUGGAGGAUUUCCUCCGCGCCAUGACCAAGCCUUCUCCGAGGUUGUCCGGCGCGGAACAUUCGAGCAGCAACGUCGAAAAAGACGAAGAAUCCACAGGCGCAGAAUGCUCGCCGGAGCAGCCGAAAAAAUUCCACCGGAGCUUCUCCGUCCGGCUGUUCCAUCGCUUGGGCCGUUGCUUCUAGAAAGUGAGGUUUCGAAAUUGGGAUCGGUCUUGUAAAUAAUCUUAUCAGAGACAAGAUUCAGUUGACUGUCGAAACGUUUGGAUAAAACUCAAUAGGAAGAUUCAGACAAGUGGCAAUCGAAUUCUUGAUCCAACCUAAACCCUCAAGAACAGUACUCCCUUCCUCCCCUUUUAUCUAAUCAUCCCAAUACAAAACGAGCGCAUUUCCCAGCAGUCAAUUCAGAGGGGCGGCGCCGCGGUGGUGGGCGGCGGCAGCAGCAGAUCCAUACCAUAUUAAACAACGUUAUCCAUCAUCCAUCCACACCCUUUCUUCCAUCUGGGCCCCCCUCUCCCCCCACAUCUGUCGCCCUCCCAAACCCUACC